CGCUAAUGGGCCCGCUAACCGCCGAUUAAACCCACGAAGAAGAGAAAUAAAACUUAUCAACAGUGAAGAAGAGGGCGGAGGCCCUGCCUGAAAUUUAACGAGCACCGCUAUUAACGCCGAUGUUGGGGCGUUUUGUCCAGCGAUGAGGUCGUGAACGCCUCCGUGUUUGGGACAUAGCUAAAAAAAAAAACAGCACAUAAGUAAGAUGGUUAAAUAAAGUAUAAUGCAAAGAUACUGUGAUACCUUUACUCUGACUGGCAAUAGUUAACAGAAAUGCCGUGGUGCCAAAACACCAAGCGGAAACAUUACUUCUAACCAUACAAACCUCCUGGAGGAGUGAAAGCCAGACCGUAUUUGUAUUGUUUUAUCAGUUUCCUCUUCAAGACACAAGCUCAUAACGAGCUGUUUUCCUCUAGACCAUGGUAGAUAAUCGGUAUGCCACAGCUCUGGUGAUAGGUUCGGUGCUGAGCCUGCUGGCCACAGUGUACCUAUCUGUGGCUGUAGGGACUCAGCAGUGGUACCAGUAUAACAGUCCGCCGGUAAAACAUGACGGCAAGAACGCUUCCGAGCUCAAAGAGAGGUUCAUCAAUGGAGAGUUUGACGAGAAGACCUCCAGUGACAGUAUAUUCCAACUGAACGGCACCCUGGGACUGUGGUGGAGGUGCAUCCUGGUGCCCAGCCAGUCAUACUGGUAUAAAGAGCCAGAUCCCAAGAUGGAGGCCCAGUGUGUGAGCUUCACUCUUUCUCAGCAGUUUUCUCCAAAGUACAAAGACCCUGGAAACCCCAACAGUGAAGAAGAUCUGCUGAGAACAUAUCUCUGGAGAUGCCAGUUCCUUCUGCCCCUGGUAUCCCUGGCCUUGGUUUUCCUCAGCGGGCUUGUCGGGGUCUGCGCCUGCCUGUGCCGCAGCUUCACCCCCACCUUGGUUGUGGGGGUGCUCCAUCUUCUCGCAGGUCUGUGCUCCCUGGGCACCGUCUGCUGUUUCUUGGCAGGCGUGGAUUUGCUCCACCAAUACUCCGCACCACCAGAAGGGGUGGAGGGCUCGCUGGGCUGGUCCCUCUACCUCGCCCUCAUCUCCUUCCCUCUGCAGAUGAUGGCAGCCGCUUUGUUCCUGUGGGCAGCCAGGAGUCACCGCAAGAACUACACCCGCAUGACUGCAUACAGGGUCGCGUGAGAGAGUGACAGACUGCUCUCACAGCCAUGUACAGUACCUUAACACAGCCAACUGGUCUGAGGACUUCAUUUCAUAUCUUUUAUCUUAUGAAAAGUUGAAUGAAGUGACUGUAACUCCUCCUCUGCACCGGUCUUUUAAAACAACAAAACAACAACAUGGUGUCACAGACACAAAGGGGGGAAUAAACUAAACCAGACUGCAGCUAAUCAUCAUAAGUGCUCAUAAAUAGGGGUUUAAUAUCUUUGAGUUGUCUUAUCUCAUCUUUUGUUUUUAAGCCUCUCUAACCUGUAUCUUACCCAAAGCAUGUUCUUAAUGUAUUUUAACAGAUGUUAGGGAUCGUUUGUUAUUCCCGGUGUUAACUGUGUUUCUGUGUGGUGCUUUAAUUGCCUUCUUUUCGGUUGCCAUUUCUUCCAAAGCUGCUCACCACAUUGCCCUUAAAUCAGUUUUAACUGUGCACUGUCACAAAUAGCGCACCUGCAGUUAUCAAACUCAGGAUAUCUCUCUCUAAUAGUACAUGAAUAAUAUCACACAAGACAAUAAUUUUUGUUUUUUAUGUUUUUUUUUAUUUUUGGUUCUAUUUUUGUUUAAUCUUAAAUAUGGAGCCUUUGCUGUGCAUGCCUUUUAAGCUGACAUUUCAUCACCUGUGGUAAUUGUUGAUUUCUGUCCUGUGGUAUGUGUUGACUAAAUGUCACUAAAUGUCACUCACCGAAAAUGUAACCACUCAUCGUCCAUUGUCAGCUCUGUUUAUAGGUCUAAUAUUUAUUUACGCAGUUAAUUUGAAUGUUGAAAAGACUGAAUUGAUUCGAUGCCACUCAUGCAAACUCGUGACUUCUUCAUAACAUUGAAAUUCUAAUGUUUCAGGCCCAAACUAUACUACUGCCAUUUUACAUUUGUAAUGAUGGAGUUUCACUGUUUAAAACUACUGUUUUGUUAAUCCCACAAUCGUUCUCUGUUCUUUUUUAGAGUCAGUCAAACGUUUGUUGGUGAAACCCCCCCGAGUCAAAGAGACUGAUAUUUGAAUUACUCAUUUGCAAAAUCUUAAUUUGCAAGUGAAAAUCCUCCUGAAUCUACAUCUUUAUACUGAACAUUUGUGUGGACAGUGGAUGAAUUUACUACUUUUGUGUGUGUGUCAAAUUCGCAUAUUACUCACUGUACCUGCCACAGAAUACAGAUUGUGAUGUUUUUGUGUCACAGUGUUUUGUUACACGUCUGAUAUGUGUACACUCCAGCUUUUCUAAAUGUUUUUAUGUAUCCUGAAGCACACUGUACUUGUUUCUGUAUGAAUAAAUUUGACAUUUGCUGA